AUGAAAGAGUCUGAAACACCCCCUAUCCCUAUGAAAGAGUCCGAAACACCCACAAUCCUUAUAAAAGAGUCCGAAACACCCCUUAUCCCCUUGAAAGAAGUCCGAAACACCCCCAAUCCCCUUGAGAGAGUCCGAAACUCCCCUUAUCCCUUUACAAGAGUCCGCAAUACCCCCAAUCCCCUUGAAAUAGUCCGAAACACCCCUUAUCCCUUUGAAAGAGACCGAAACACUCCUUAUCCCUUCGAAAAAUUCCGAAACACCCCCAUCCCUUUGAUAGAGUACGAAACACCCCUAAUCCCUCUGAAAGAGUCCGAAACAACCUCAAUCCCCUUGCAAGUGUCCAAAACACCCUAUCCCUCUGAAAGAGUCCGAAACACCCCUAAUCCUUUUGAAAGAACUUUGAAACACAUCAUCCAUUUGGAAGAGCCUGUAACACCCCCAAUCCCUUUAAUCCGAAACACCCUUAAUCCCUUUGAAAGAGUCCUAAACACCCCUAUCCCCUUGAAAAAGUUCGAAAAACCCCCUAUCCUUUUCAAUGAGUCCGAAACACCCCUUAUCCCUUUGGAAGAGUCUGAAACACCGCCUAUCCCCUUAAAAGAGCCCGUAUCACCCCCUUUCCCGUUGAAAGAGUCCGAAACACCCCUUAUCCCCUUGAGAGUCCGAAACAACCCCAAUCCCUUUGAAAGAGUCUGA